CUGGGGAUGGGGGGGUUCUUAAAACACCCCGCGCGGCGGGGUCCCAGCGUUAUUAAUAAUCCAUAGUCGGAAUGAUAAAUCCCCCCGCGCAAUCAUGUCAUGGCCUCAUCAGCCAUGGCUUAGAGAGUCAUCGUCGUGGAGAAGGAUCGUUGUGACUCUGUUCUUCGUGUUCGGAGCAUUAUUACGCUGCAAAGUCGAUGUUCAAUGAUGUAUCCAUCGGCAUUCGGACACCCACACUCCGCAAGCAACGGUGAUUUCACGAUGCACAGACCACGAGUCAUAUCUUGCACUUUUGAAGACAUAUGAACUGCUUUUCUUGCCCAGCAGCCACCUUAGCAUUCCAAUCCAGCUAGUUAUUCGGACAAGUCGAGGCUUGUUGCUUGUCCAACCGCCAUCACUUCCAUCAUGGCCGCAUCGAGCAGCAGCAAUCGCCAAUUCUCCAUCCUGAUAAUCAACCCAAACACAUCUACACACAUGACAGAUGCCCUCAAACCCAUUCUGGACAAUCUAAAUUACGCGGAUGUUCGGUUUGACUACUUCACUGCUCCUUCUACAGAGCCCGUAACCGUCUCCGAUGGGCGCGUCGUGCAUGGCCUGUCCAGUAUAGACUCCGCCGAAGAUUCUGCGCGGUCAGCGUUGCAUUGCAGACCAUUCCUGGAGCCCCUUAUAUCCAAGUAUGAUGGUUUACUUGUGGCUUGCUAUUCUGCCCAUCCGCUCGUGGGAAUGCUGAAAAGGGAGAUCGAGAAGCUAGAGGGCGUGGCUGCGUCUGGGGGGUCUUCGGCUGCUGCAAGAACGCGGAGGAGAUAUGUGACGGGUAUAUUUGAAGCCAGUGUGACAACUUCCCUGUCCUUAAUCAGUUCCUUUGACCUUCUGGAUGAUAGCAAAUUAAGCAAGGUUCAAGCCACGGAUACAUUUGGUAUUGUCUCGACGGGUACAGUAUGGAAGGGCGAACUCAGCACAGCUGUCACCAAAAUGCUUGUUGGCCCUGGCGAACAAGGAGGACGCAUAGAACGUUUUGCUGGUGUGGAGACCACGGGACUGACAGCCAUCGAGCUGCAUAGUACUCCGCCAGCUACGGUGAGACGGAGAAUUAUUGAGGCCACCGAGAGACUUAUCAAGGGUGCAUCUCACCCCGUAAGCGCGAUAUGCAUGGGCUGUGCGGGCAUGGUGGGCAUGGAAGAGGCAGUGCGAGAAGGUUGCAUUCAGGCUUAUGGAGAACAGCAAGGAAAUAGUGUGAGGAUAGUUGACGGGGUUGUUGCUGGUGCUGGGAUGCUUGUGGCUGCCUGCAAAUCAGGAUUCUAGGGAUCUGGUCUUAUAGAUAUGGAGCAUUGAGGAUGUUGGUGGCUAUCAUGACUAGAAAAGUUUAGUUUAGCAAGACUUUGAAAGGGUUGAGCUCUGUGUCGAAAUGUAGAUUUGAUGAAUUCCUCAG